AUGAGCUCCCAUGACAAAAGAACACCAUGGAAGUCGCACAGGUCUGAGUUCAGCGGCCGAGAUUCUCCGGAACGAAAUCGUAACCGAAUGUCAGACUCGCCUACAGGAUAUCGGUCUUAUAAAGACCGAAGAUAUUACAACAACCGCACCCCUUACACUGGGCUACAUUCCGCCUAUCAUAGCCGGUAUAGGUACGAAAAAAAGCCGGAUGCUUCCGAUGAAAAAGAGCAACAUGUAGGCGAAAAAUCCGAAGUUCCGACGUCAACUGAAAGUGAUGUGGGAAAGGGCACCAGUAAAAGUGCGUGGAGUAGUAGUUCCACUGUGCUGCCCACAACUAAACGACAUCCAUGGAUUAGGCAGCCUCCCCCACUGGUUACUGCACCAUAUAGUUCGUCUGCUUAUUCCGAGCAAUCCAAUUUUAGUAUUAUUUUCCAGCACAUAAACUCCGUCUGCAACCAGAAUGACCAAUCGCAACUGGAAAGACCGAUGUCAUUCAUCGACAGAUUAAUUGCUGAUGAAGCGAUGCGGAUGCUCUCUGCUGCCUCCUCAAGUGAAGCAACGUCACUUAAUACACCCUGCGAAGCGUCUGAAGCGGUAGCCAGCAAUGUACCGGCAAGCGAUGCAACGGAAACUUCUAAACAGGAGGAAGAAAACAAUACCAUCUAUAAUAAAAUUGGCGAUAAAGUUGCUACGGUCAGUGCGGCCAAUUCGGCACUGUUGCAAAAAAGCGCCGAACAGGUGACGGAAAAGCUGCUUAGUCAACUUUCCACCAUGAGCAAGUACGAUUUGAAGCAUAUGAUUGAUAAUCCCGCCGGUAAAUAUGAGACGGCUUUAAACCGACACGCCCAGAGCAAGCUGCGAGCCGAGGUAAGGAAACAGCUGAAAAAUUUCGGUUUGGGGAAGCUCGGAAGCGCAUUUGUAACAGACGAUGGUACGGUUGAGUCGGAUGAAGCAAUUGAUGCGAACAAAAUACCCCCUGCACUGUUGGAACAAAUUGGACAUGCGUUAGAUGUAGACCUUUUUGACCUGUCACAAACCGAAUCGAUUGAAUCCAAUGAACAGCUGCCGGCUGCCGUGGAAAAUCCAACCUUUAAUUCUAAUGAGCCAGAAGCAAAGGACGAACAUGAGCAACACGCGUUAAUGUGUACCCCCUCUACUGAACACAGUUCUAGCGCGAGUAAUGUGAAACAAAAUAUAGCUAAUGUUUCUGGAUCUCCGGGAAAAAUGUCCACGAAGAACACAAAUACCCUUAAAUCCCCACCUUUGAAGCCAGGCCACUUAAAGAAAAUUAUGCUGCGCAAGUCGUCUAAUACAAAAGUCGGAAACAGUGCUGUAGUACGAGACCCAGUCGCAUCUACUUUGCAGUCCAAAGUGAGCAAACCGCUUCCUAAGAAAAAAACUUUCGUUUUGCUUUCGAAGAACGCCGGCGAGGAAAAUAUUGCUUCGGACUUAGUACAGACUAAAGUUUCGGACUUAGUCAAGACUACAGCAGCAGUACCAUUUGAAAUAACGUCGGUUCCAAGCUUAAAAGAUGUUUCUCAAAUCGGACAAUCUGCGAAGGAAGAUACCAAUAUCAUUCUGAAAGUAUCUUCGUCCAACAAUGCUGAUCCUAUACCCGGAGAUGCAAAUUCGAGCGUAAAGAAUGUAUCACUGCUAAGAGUUAGUACGGUAGAAGAGUUGAACAGACGUUUGGAUGAACAACCGAGUAUGCAAAACCUUGGAAGUCAGCGGGUACCAGAAGUCGACCCAACAAAUGUUGUACCGGAAAGAGGACUAUUACAGGAAAAUAUUCCAAAUGCCAAUGAACGAUUAGCAACCAUGAUUCCUAUUCACAAUACAAAUGACGCCGGAAUUAGAUUGUUCACUCAAGAGCUUCUGCUCUCAAGUGAGAACAGCAAAGUAAACGCCGCUGAUCCUCGCUGGCAAAGUACCCAAAAUUGCAAUAACAAUGCUCAUCGAUCACAGAGUCCUGCGUUACUCACGGUGCAAUACCAGGAACAACCAAAUUGCUCUAAUGUUCAACCUAAGAAACAAACAGAACCUGUGUGCAAUACGAAUCCGAUCAAUCGUACUACGAAUGUGUUAAGGGUAGAGAAAAGCUCUAACCCUGUAGUGGAACCUGUAGGGAAGAACAGAAAUAAUGGCAAACGAGGAAGAACGAGCAUAGAUCAAGCCGCUGAAAUUGGUAUCGGCACCCUGGUGCAUAAUACAAUGCCAACAGUAUUUGAAGAUCAACCAACGGUACAAGGAACACAGCCGUUACUAUCUGUUCUCAGCCCACCAGUACCACUACCUGCUAAGAUAGGGAAAAAAACUAAGAAACGAAAGCGUCCCAAGCAAAACGAUCGUCUGCCUUCCACGGUUUGUGCAAGUGUACCAUCGCAUGAUACUAAGGCAAGUACUACUACGGAGGUUCAAAAUAUGGAGCAAGGUUUCGGAGCAGACGAGACUAAUAAUGAUCAAACCAAUGAUCCAUCCGCGGUUGUAAAGUUGCGCAAAAAAAAGAAAAAACGUAAGGUGAGUCGUUUUGAACCUGCCAAUAACAUCGAAAAUGCUAGCAAUGUGCCGGUAGUGCCUCCUGCGGGUACAGUAGAGCGGAUUCCAUCAUUGCAUUCGACAGAAGAAAAACCUAACGAUGAUCAUAUACUGAACAAUGCGUACGAUCAGUAUUUAAACAAGGAUCUUACCAAUCCCGCACCAGAAAUAGUGGAACCACAAACCCAUAUUACUAUUGCAAAAGUUUGUUCGAUCUCGGGCUCAGAAGAAAUGAGUUCAUCGACCUCAGCCAUAACAGUAAGUGCAACAAAUGAAGACACCACUAAGAACACCCCCGACAUACAAUUGCCGAUGGAAAUAUCUCUAACUGAGCUAAAAGAAGAAACAAUUGCAACACCCCAAACUUUAGAAGAAAGUGUACAAAAUGGUGCGCCUUCGGAUAAUUAUUCCGAUGGCAAUCUGACCGACUGGAAUCUCCCGACUGAAUCGAACGCGGAAAGUAAGGAAGGAAUAGAGAGGAUUGUAUCGCCACAACCACUGACCACCGAUAUACCAGCCGAGGAAUAUAUCUUGGGAGAUGAUCCCGGGGAAAAGAGCAUCUCUAGACAAACGUUGCCUGAUGUUGGCGUUAAUCAUCCAAAAGAACAGUCACCGCAUGUUGCUAAUCAUUCUACAACCCCAUUUCCCGCCGACUGCGCUGACCGGUUGAAGUCGUUAUGCGAAAUUACCGAGGGCAUGGUACAAAAUCUCGAGACACAAACGAUGGAACUGUACAGCCGCAAGAUGCAAAUUGACACCCAAAUAAUGCAGCUACAGGGAGAACGGAUGGACAUCGAUCAGCAGUUGGAAAGACUGCAGUAUAUGCGCAAUGAACAGAUUAAAUUUAUCCGGCUGAACUUGCUUGAACUAUUAUCGUCCAACAGUUCCAGUGAAUCCAUAAUGCCAGCUCCGUCUCCCGUUACAUCUGACACGGGCACGGGUUUGAAUGGAAUACCAGUGAGUCAAUCUGUGCCGUCUGGGCAGACACAGAUAGGUGUACGACAACAGGAACGCAAAAUACGACGAAUCACACCGAUCGGUGGUAAUAGUGUGUUGAUGCAAAUUUUCAAGCGUCGUCGUGCUCCGUCGUCCGAUCGCGCAACGGAGGAAAAUCCAGAGGUAGACCAUGUAUAA